GCAGACUCCGCAUGACCUAAGGCUCUUUUGCAGAAGGAGCUUGGCGGCAUGUGCUGAAAAGACAGUGAGCUGUUUAUGGAGCAUUUCAGUAUAUUAAAGGCAGUCAAAUAGACAGAGGGAAGAUUUAUAACAUAGCAAUUGUGAAUUAGAUUGAUCAAAACAAUUGCCAAGUGCAGUUAUAUGUUCUUAUGAGAAGAAGCUGCAUACAGAAAGUAAUAAAACAUUUGCCCUUCAUCUGUGAUUGUACUUGUCAUUAUGCUCUUGUAUUGUGCAGUUCUGAUUGGAUUUUGCAAUGGCCUUUUCAUUGACUUUACAGAUGCCGUUCUCACCAAAAUCCCAGAUUAUAAUUUGUAUAUAACAGGAGAAGAGGUAACAUUGCAGUGUGGUGUGCAUGGUGGGGACACUAUUAAAUUGUUCACAUUUCAAAAGAAUUCGGAGUUCCUCCUAUCACAGAAAAGUGCUAUUUAUAAGAUACCUAGUAUUGAAUAUACCCAUGGAGGUACAUACAGCUGUGACUACUGGGAUGGAAGAAAAACCUCACCUAGAAGUAACAAAAUCACAUUCUUUGUAAUUGGACCUUUACAAUCUCCCAAAAUACAUCUGAACCCCUUACAUCCUAUGUCUAUUGGAGGUGAGCAAGUCACUGUGAAAUGUCUAAUUCCACAAUCCCUGGAUGUGAGGAAGAUCCAGUUUUACAAGGACGGAAUUGCCAUUGAUAGAGAUGAAGACCUUCGCAAAGAAGAUUCAUUUACUGUAUCAACAUAUGGUCACAAGGCUGCAGGGGAUUAUUCCUGUGCUUACUGGGUACAAAUACAAGGAAGAGAUAUAAAAUCAGACAACAGUGAAAAGGUUACAAUAAAAACUGAAGGUUACACUACUCCUCUCUCUACUACUACACGGACAUCAACAGUGACAGUAGCUCAAACUUUUAAAGAUCCAGUUUCUACUACAGUUUCUACUACAGUUUCUACUACAGCUCUAUCUAUGUCUAUAAAUGUUACUGAACAUCUACAUGCUGAAAACCUAUCUUUGGGUUUUUAUACAAUAGAAGAGCUAAUAUUUCUCAUCGCUGGAGCAGGCUUAUGUAUACUGGUGUUUACUAUAGGCAUUGUGUUGCUCAGAAGCUGCAGCAAAAGAAAGGGUAAAUACCCUAAACCAGCGCCUCUUCUAAGUCAUGAAAAUCAGAUAAACUCAGGUGAAACAGUCACUGAAAAUGAAUUGCCUCAGAAUGAUAUUUCCUUGCACAACCAAGAAGAGAGUGUAAAAACACAUCUGUAUUGUGAAAUCGAUCAGUUUCUUCCCACUUUACCAACAGUGCGCUCAACUUCUCCAUCUGUGCAGCUGCCACAAUCUAGUGCUUUGGCCUAUUCCACUGCACAGGCAAUUCCCCUGCUUCCUACAGUUUAUCAAAGAAACCUGCAACCAAGUUCUUAAAUGUCUGGAAGAGAGACAGAUUAUCUCUCAGGUUGUUCCAAACCAGAUACUAGCAUAAUGAUUGUUUCUGAACACAAUCAUUAUACUAGAUUCAGGGGAGGAGGGUACUGGAAAGUCAUUUGGCACUUGCGGGUGCCAAAUGUUAGGCACCCGAAGUGAUUAUAUUUACUUACCCUGGUGCGUCUAUCAGCAGAAACCUUCAACGGCCUAUGGGUUCUUCUAGUGAGCACAAUGGAGCUAUCUUCUGCCUGCUUCUUUCUUCUCCCGGCUGCACAUGCGCAGUAAUGGGAAAAACCGAACUUUAACAAAAGAGUCGGCUAUUUUUGUUCUACUGAGCAUGUGUCUGUCCCAGGAAAUUUGCAGCGUGACGAACCUUGGGCCGGUGCAGUUUUCUGCAGAUAGGAGCACCACCCCAGGGUGUCAGGUAAGUAAAUACAAUCACUUGGGGUGCCUAACAUUUGGAACCCAAGUGCCAAAUGACUUUCCUUCUCCUUUAAGGGAUACCUUCUAAUGGUAUAUCAAAAUAUACUGGUGUUAUAGUUGUAAUCAAAACAAAUUUAUGACAAAUGUAAUUGCUUUUAUGAUAAAGAAGCAGGAACUUGGACAAUGGAUUUGAAGAAGGUGUGAUCUGCUUGCAUUUUGCCAAAUGAAUUGCUGCCUAAAUAUUUGCAUUCUAAAAUGAGAUACUGUAUGUUGGUCUUUGUAAUACUCAUUGUAUAUGGAUAGAAAACUAAUACAAAGAUCAUAUACAGAUGGUAUGCUUGGAGUUGGGUUCUUAGUGGAGUGCUGCAGUCUUCUGUAAUGGGCCUACUGUUGGGGGUUUUUUGUGGGGUGCCGUAGGUUACCAUAUUAGGCUAACUUUUAUUCAAUUUGUUUAUUAAUGACUUCAGUGAGGGCAUUGAAGGCAGUAUAUCAGUGUUUACUGAUGACAGAACAGUCUGCAGGCCAAUUCAGUUCAUCCAGGAUGUGGCAAUCUUGCACGACUGGCAUUAGACUGACAAUCAGAGUGGCAGAUGAGAUUCAAUACUGAUAAAUAUAAGGUUAUGCAUUUGGGAUUUUAAAAUAUGCAUGGAAUUGUGAAUAAUAAACUAAGCUCUAGCAAGCAAUGCAGCAGGAAUGGUCAGCAAGAUCUUGUUCUGUUUUAAAAGGGGUAUAGAAUCACUGGAGGACAAGGUAAUUCUCCCCCCAUUACAAAUCACUGGUAAGGCCCAUCUAGCAUAUUCAGUCCAGUUUUGAUCCUCAGUGCUUACGAAGGAUAUUAAUAAAAUUGAUAAAAGCCAAAACUAGUAGAUUACUACUGACUACUACAUUCUGGAGCAAGCAAAGUAUGGUGAAGACACCUAAACAUCUCCCAGCAUGGCCAGCACCAGCAAUGAAAAAAAUGGACUUGUCACAAAGCUCACUGUAUUGUAUGGUAAAUGUGGUUUCAAAAGAUCAGUCAAAAAGAGCAUUCAUGGUAUCCAAUUGUCCCUAAUCUCACCAGCAAACCAGACACCAGAGGUAUUUGAAUUAUCCUGUUUCUCCCAUCAGGACGGCAGACUCUUUGGUUGGGUGAGACAAUACUAUAAAUAACAAUGGUGCGCACAUACACACCCUCAUUCAUGACACUUGUUGGAUAUGCACAUGUGUAUUUACUAACAGUGCACUCAACUUCUCCAUCUGUGCAGCUGUCACUAUCUAGUGCCUUGGCCUAUUCCACUGUGUAGGCAAUUCCCCUGCUUUCUAUAGUUUAUCAAAGAAACUUGCAACAAAGUUCCUAAAUGUCUGAGAAAGAGACAGAUAUCUCCUUAUAGACUUCAGACUGCUCUAUGCUGCCAGCAUCUAUCCUAUAAAUAUUCAUUCACAGAUGCUGCCCACCCCUUUAGGAAUGGCUUCUCUGGGAGCUCUAGGUAAGUGCUUCAUGAAACUUGCAUUUGUACAGAUAUGGGACCUGCUAUCCAGCAUGCUCAGGACCUGGGGUUUUCU